AUGGCACGAGAACGAAAGCAAGAUUCUACUUGGGAUGAAAUUGAUAAAUUACUUGACGACGAAGAAUUUUGUGGAGACAUAGAAGCAUUGAAUGACAAUAUAGGUAUUACUGUUCACUCAUCAGCACCGACGACACCGGAUCCUUUAAAUACUGCUUUUAUUGAGGAGACUAACCUCAAUGACCAUCAACAAAGUAAUUUAUCUCAACAACAAAGUGGUUUAUCUCAACAACAACAACAACAAAGUAAUUUAUCUCAACAACAAAGUAGUUUAUCUCAACAACAAAGUCAAACUACAAAUGAUGCAUCAGCCAUCCUUCGUGAGUUGGUGGAAAUAACAACUGAGCAUAAACAAAACAAUCCAUCUGUAUCAACAACAACAACAACAACAACAACAAGAACAAAAGAAAACUUGGUCGAAAUAGUUGAUCGAUCACCAUCAUCAACAUCUCGUACGAUCGACCUACGUACACCGACAUCAAAUACAAUCGAUCUUUACACACCGACACCAAGUACAAUCGAUCUUUGUACACCUGUACCAAUUCCGAUCGAUUUAUGCUCACCUGAACUGGCAUCCAACACUAACACUACAGACUCACCAGUUCAUUUAAGUCCAAGAUAA